UAUGCAGCUUGGAGCUUGGUGUGGCUGGCAUGGAACAUCUUCAUUAUAUGUUUUUACUUAGAUGUAGGAAUUCUUUCUCCGGAAAUGACAAUAUUAGAUUUUGGUGUCGGAAAGAAAAGUUGGUGGCAAUCAGGCGGGAUAGGAUGUCGCAGAUUAGUCAACCAAUCAGAUAGUGGCAUAAAAGGCCUUGCGUCUUCGACGACGGCACCGCAAUAUACAGACUGUCUUUUAAAAUAUCAUUAUGUGGAAGUUUUACAUGCAGGAGUACAAUGUAUAAUGGCACUUAUUGGAUUCAUAGCAGCGUGCUACGUAAUUUACGUCUUUUCUGAAGAAGAUGACAGCUGUAAGUAUCAGAUCUCCAUACACACAAGAGUAGCAUCUUCCUCCCCACAGCAGAAAAGCACGUCCAACCGCGGUGCCCAAAACGUGCGGGCAUAUGCUUAUACGCCCGCGGGCACUGACAACCUGCGUGUCCCUGGUGACCCUUCUCGUCGAAGCUGGACAAUCCCGACUUACGUGUCGUAUAAUGAUCAGUUGGAUUACUCAUCUGCCCAAAGCACGUUAUGACGAGUGUGCGUGUGUGUCGCUGCGUAAGCUGUUACGACGGAAGGUGUGUUU